AUGACUUCUGUCGCGCAUGCAGUGGCAGGCUUUACCCAUGCCAAUGCCUCGACGUCGUCGUUGGCUGACUCCUUGAGCAGCCUGCAGGGAUCGAGCAGCGGCAGCCAUGUCUCCUCUUCGCUGGGCACUGAAGACACAGCCAUCCCAGACCUUGAAUCCUUCCCACCAAGCGGCGUUCCAAAGCACGAGAAGCUGAGCGGCUACGAGUUUUACCGCUCUAUUGGUUCGCCUCGCAAGAUCGUUGCCCCGAUGGUAGAGGGCUCCGAAUUGGCUUGGAGGGUACUCAGCAGGCGGCUUGGUGCCGAUCUAUGCUACAGUCCAAUGAUCAACUCCAAGAUGUACGCUGGUACAGCAAAGGGGAAAGCGCGACCUGCUUUCCGCGAGAACAACUUUUCAAAGAAGCACGCCGAAGAGGGUGCGAGUGCGAUUACGCGAACCGGGAACGCAAAGGACACUGAUCGGCCACUGAUCGUGCAAUUCUGUGGAAACGAACCGGCUCUCCUUCUCGAAUCAGCGCUGGACGUCCAAGAUCACUGUGACGCCGUCGACCUGAAUCUAGGCUGUCCGCAAAACAUUGCCAAGCGCGGUCAUUACGGUGCAUUCCUGCAAGAGGACUGGUCACUCAUCUUUUCGCUCAUCAAUACACUCCAUCUGGAGCUCAAGGUCCCUGUUACGGCCAAAAUGCGUGUUUUCCCAAGCGUGGAACGCACUGUGGCAUAUGCAAGGAUGCUCGAACGAGCAGGCGCACAGUUUAUUGCGGUCCAUGGCAGGACGAGGGAGAUGAAAGGGCACAAAACCGGCCUCGCGGAUUGGAAGAAGAUUGCAGCUGUCAAGCAGGCCGUAAAAGUGCCGGUGUUCGCUAACGGAAACGUCCUCUACCCAAAGGAUGUCGAAGAUGUCCUGCGAGUUACCGGAGCUGAUGGCGUCAUGAGUGCUGAGGGCAAUCUAUACAAUCCAGCUAUCUUUGAGGAAAAGUCAUUCUCCUCUGAGAUGGAAGACUCAGCAGAUGCAGGGCCCUCGAGGCCACCAAUUGUCAAGCCUGUUGCGCAGUUUCCAUUCAUUCCCGAUCUGUGCGACGAGUAUCUCGACAUCAUCGUUGCGCUCAAGACCCCAGCCUCGCCACCAGCUUGCAAAUCUCACAUGUUCAAGCUCGCGCGCCCUGCACUGGAAGUACACCCAGAUCUGCGUCGAGUGUUUGGUCAGGCGAAAUUGAUUCCAAGUGCAGAGGGUGAGGAGCGUGUGAAGGAGUACCGAGCGGCAAUCCAUACGCUACGGGAGAGGCUCGAGGCAGAUAUGCAAAAGGAAGAAUACCUACGCCCGCCUGAGGUGCCGCGCAAGCACUCAGCUUCGCUCCUCGAUGCAGCAUCUGACGCAGACGUGAAGCAUGCUUCGCUGAACGACGCAUCUGAUCCGGACCGACCAGCCUACAUUCCGCAUUGGCUCGCUCAGCCUUACUUCCGUCCGCCCAUGCCUCCCGAAGAGCUGGAGAAACAGGCCAAGCUCAAGGAGGCGAAACAGAAGAACAAAGAUAAGAAUCCUUCCCAUGGAAGGCUGAUAGAAAUCAAGGACGUACAGGCGAGGGCAGAUGAGGCAGAGAAUCAGGACGAAGACGAGCUGGUGAACGAAGCUGGUCUAUCGACCAGCAAACGAAAGCAAGAGGGUGAGGGAGAGGAGGGAGAGUCGGCUGACAAGAAGAAGUUGAAAGUGGGUGCCUGA